CUUACAUGUUAUGCUUAGAAAUAUCAACAUUUUCGGCGUCUUUUUUAUUAAUAAAAGAAAAAAAAAGAAGAAGAAGAAGCAAAACGUUACCAUAUCAGAAGACGCUUUAAUAAAGGAACUUGAAGGAAGGGUUGGGAAGAAAAUUUCUAAGAUAGUAGGGGUGGUAGUAGCUAAAUAAGGUAACCCUUUGGUCCUUGUGACCUAAAACGCUAAAAUAUCUUUUCAAACUCACUAACUCACACAGUUUUGAAAGUCUCUUUUCUAAUUUCUGUAACUUUGUUGUGCAUCUCUGGGGAUCUCACUCAAAAUUCCCAGCCGCCUCCAGUUUCUUACCUCACCUCAGACACUGUGUUGAGGGUUCGUAGUGACUGAUUUCCUGGAUCGUGCGAUUGCGUGCCGAAAGUGUUGAUCUUUGGAUACUAUAAAGCUUCGAAGAAUAUGAGGCCCGUCUUUUGUGGUAAUUUGGAGUUUGACGCUCGCCAAUCUGAUGUUGAGCGACUUUUUAGGAGAUAUGGGAAGGUCGAGAGGGUCGAUAUGAAAUCAGGUUCAAAUUUUUCUGCUCUUUCAUGUUGGUGUCUCUAUUUUUGUUUUUUGUUACCCCCAAGGCUACAUAAUAAUUCAUCUCCGAGUUGUCCUUGUGAACCAUUUGGUGGGGGAUCGCCCGAGAGUUAAAACGGUGAACGCUUUGAGAAGAUGCUUUAAGACACUCCAUGAUAGUGUGAAUUCUUCUGUGAAAUGAUUUCAUACUAUUCUGUAUCAUUAUAAGUGAUGGAAGGUUCUUCUUGUAUCAUUGGCGAACAGACUCCGGUUUCAAAAUGCAAAUGUGUCUUCAAAAUUCCUUUUUCUUUUUUUUUUUCUUUUUCCAAUUUUGUUGUCCGUAGGUUUAAUUUCAGAAAAACAAGUUUUUGUUGCAGUUGAUCCGCCAAGCUCAAUAGUUUCUUUGGCGCAGGAUUACUUGGAAUUUCCAUGAUCUUCCUGGUGGAUGGUUCUCUGCGUCUCUUUUCUGGCUUGUUCCCAAGAUUCAUGUUAUUCUUUUUCCAAAAGGAACAAUAUGAUCUGCCAUGGUUCUACCAUUCCACACUUACCUCAGACCAUUGCCUUUUGCAUUUCUCAUGACUUUGCACAGUAUUUACUUCCCAACAUGUUCCACCAUAGAUAUCAUGAAUCAUGAUCAUCCCGGAUCCAAUGGCAGGUUUUGUGUUUUUACUUUGUUAGCGUUCUCAUUCCCCCAUGACCGGUUGGUUUUGUGGUAGUUUGCAUCUUGUUAUUGUGAUUUAGGAUUCUCAAGUUUCCUGAUUGGAGACUCAUUGAUUGUAUUUUCUGUUUUAUUUGUUUUCACGAAUAUUUUCUAUGCAUAUCAUCGAAUUCGAGAUACUGUUGCAAUGGUUUCUUAUCAUCUUUGUUCCCCAGGUUUUGCUUUUGUCUAUAUGGAAGAUGAGAGAGAUGCCGAUGAUGCAAUUAGGAAACUUGACAGAAUGGAAUUUGGUAGAAAGGGGCGACGACUUCGUGUUGAGUGGACUAAGCAAGAACGCGGUAUUAGAAGGCCUGGUGGCAGCCCUAAAAGAUCAUCUGCUAACUCAAGGCCUUCGAAGACACUGUUUGUUAUCAACUUUGAUCCGAUUCAUACUAGGACGAGGGACCUGGAAAGGCACUUUGAAUCGUAUGGAAGAAUAUCAAAUGUCAGAAUUAGAAGGAAUUUCGCCUUUGUGCAGUUUGAGUCACAGGAAGACGCUACGAGGGCUUUGGAAGCACAACAUAUGAGCAAGUUCAUGGAUAGAGUCAUUUCGGUUGAGUAUGCAAUUCGGGAUGAUGAUGAAAGAAGGAAUGGAUUCAGCCCUGACAGAAGAGGCCGAGAUGCAUCUCCUGAUAGGAGAGGCCAUGGUCGCGGAAGGUCACCCAGUCCAUACCGUAGGGAUAGGGGUAGCCCUGAUUAUGGUCACGGAGCUGUCCCUAAUUCGCGAGGAGACGCUCGUGGAAGCCCUGACUAUGGAAGAGCUGAGAGCCCAGUCAAUGAAAGAUACCACAGCCGUUCACCACCACCAAGGGAUAGAUCUCGAUCCUGAGAAAGUGGUGUUUGGAUUUGCAUGAUAUUCAUUGUUUCAAGCAACGUUGUAAUGUUUGGCAUUCGGCAUGAAACUAGGUAGGUAGCCCGUCUGGCGGCUGCGUAUGACUUUCCUUAUUCAUUUCAAGGAAGUUGUGGUGAUGCUUCUGCUUCCGGCACGAACGUAGUUGUGUUUUUAGUUAGCCUGGCAUUUUUCCGACCUUAAUUUGACGUUGAAUUGUGGCGUGGACAGACAGUAGUAGCUUUCUUGUAUUUCUUUUAAUUAGCAGGAUCUGCAGCAAACUUUUGCAUCUUCUUCUGACACCAUAUAAAUGGAUGAGUGUUUUAUUAGUAUUAUUAUUCUAUUGUAAAGCAGAGUUAUAUGAUUGUGUUGUCAGAUAGGCAUUUUGCAUUUUGUCUAAACCUCAAAUGAUAAUGCUGCAAUUAACGAGGUAAUUUGGCAAGGGUUCAAAACUUCUUUUUUUUUUUUUAAUAGAACAAAAGGGAUUGUUGCAAGUAAUACUCUGCUAGGAAAUUGAUCUUCUUUGGACCUUACAUAACAUGGGAAAUCGGAGAUUAUGGUCGGCCUUUUGGAAUGAAGCUAAUUAUAGCUCAGGAAAGUCUACUUCCGGGCUCCGGCAAAUAUCGGAUACCUCUUCUCGAUGCAUUGAAAAGAAUGGUAAAAUUUGAAUAAAUUCGAAAUCUGAAAAGGUAUUGGGCAGCAAGAGGAGAGAUGGCAGCAAACAUGUCAUGGGGGAUUGGGCAGUGGUGGCGACCGCAGAGGAGGCAGUGGUUCAUCUUUCCCCAGGCUUCAUCGGUUCCCUCUCCGUUAAAGGGAAAAAAAAAAAAGAGUAAAAAUCAGGCCUGGCCGCCUGAAUGAAAAGAUCUUUCUCAUUUACUUCUUCAAUGGAUCCGGAAGGAAGGAGAAGGAACUCAAAGGAAGCCUGAAUAUUUAUUAAUCAUAAUGCACUUAGAUCAAUGAUAAUGCCCCUUUAAUCUUCUUUAUUGAAAGGCAGCGGCAAAAUGCAAAAAAGUUAUCCAAAAUCAAUCAUUCACUCGUGCAAUUCUAUCGGGUUUCUUCGUUGCUAGAUGCAAGCUGCCCCCAUUAAAGGGGAGAAAGGAGAUUUUCUUUAAUCCUUCCACUUCCAAAAUAUGUUUGGGACUUUUUAAGAAGAUGAUAGGGCUCAUUUUUCACUACUACUCAAUACUCG